AAGCAAACACAUCCUGAUCACCACACAGACCUGGGUUGCGAAGUCGGUUUAAUAAUAAUUUCCUGGGGAUAUUUUGUUUUCCAUUUCGAGUAGUUGAUAGCCCAACCAUAGACGAACCUCACAGGCCAUUCUGAGAGAGUGGGCAUGGAGAACUUUGAGCUUCUCAAAGUCUUGGGCACAGGAGCCUACGGGAAAGUGUUUCUGGUCAGAAAGAACAGUGGUCACGAUGAAGGGAAGCUGUAUGCCAUGAAGGUGCUGAAGAAAGCAGCCAUCGUUCAGAAGGCGAAGACAGCGGAGCACACGCGUACAGAGAGACAGGUGCUCUUUUCCUUAUUAGUCUUCAGGUAAAGUAUUAUUGCAAGUUACUGUAGUAAAAAAAAAAUUUGAUCCCAUUUUAGUCACUCCUUUCUAAACAUUAUUUUGUCGGGAACCGUGCUUUUGUUUGGCUGUUGAUGUCGUGUGUUGUCUUUUUUUUAAUGUUAUGAAUUUGACUCUUUUUUUUAAUGAGCUACUACCCAUUUCAUGUAUUACUGUCCUUUUUUGCCCAACAUUUUAAAUUCUUUCUUCAAAGCAUAUCAUGACAUUGAGAUUCCCUAUGUCACGAUAGCUUGUGAUGUUUGGUUUGGGUCAAGAACACUUCAGUCUGGAGCAAAAUAAAUGACUUUACUC